AUGGCAUCACCCAGCAACUACUCCACUGCUCCGGUCUCCGAAUUCCUCCUCAUCUGCUUCCCUAACUUCCAGAGCUGGCAGCACUGGCUGUCCCUGCCCCUCAGCCUCCUCUUCCUGCUGGCCAUGGGGGCCAACACCACCCUCCUGAUCACCAUCCAGCUGGAGGCCUCUCUGCACCAGCCCAUGUACUACCUGCUCAGCCUCCUCUCCAUGCUGGACAUGGUUCUGUGUCUCACCAUCAUCCCCAAGGUCCUGGCCGUCUUCUGGUUUGACCUCAGGUCCAUCAGCUUCUCUGCCUACUUCCUCCAGAUGUUCAUCAUGAACAGUUUCCUGACUAUGGAAUCCUGCACAUUCAUGGUCAUGGCCUAUGAUCACUAGGUGGCCAUCUGCCACCCCCUGUGGUACCCAUCCAUCAUCACCGACCAGUUUGUGGCUAAGGCUGCCCUCUUUGUUGUGGUUCGGAAUGGCUUUCUUACUAUGCCUAUCCCUAUAUUUUGUUCCCGUCUCAGAUACUGUACAAGAAACAUUAUCCAGAAUUGUAUCUGUACUAACGUAUCUGUUUCCAAACUCUCUUGUGAUGACAUCACUUUCAAUGAGCUCUACCAGUUUGUUAUAGGUUGGACCCUCCUAGGUUCUGACCUCAUCCUAAUUGUUCUCUCUUAUUCUUUUAUCCUGAAAGUUGUGCUAAGGAUCAAGGCUGAGGGAGCUGUGGCCAGGGCCCUGAGCACUUGUGGUUCCCACUUCAUCCUCAUCCUCUUCUUCUGCACAGUCCUGCUGGUUCUGGUCAUCACUAACCUGGCCAGGAAGAGAAUUCCCCCAGACGCCCCCAUCCUGCUGAACAUCCUGCACCACCUCAUCCCUCCAGCUCUGAACCCCAUUGUUUAUGGUGUGAGAACCAAGGAGAUCAAGCAGGGAAUCUAGAAACUGCCAAGGAGGUUGUAA